AUGUGCAGAACCUGCCUGGUUAGGUCGGAAGCUGAUAUGUUUAAUAUAUUCGAUGAUGAUCCCAACUAUUUGGGCAUUAAAAUUGCGGAUCUGCUGGGCGAUUUGCGUUGUCCAGUUUCUCGGGGAGAUUCCCUGCCGGAAACCAUCUGCGGAUCUUGCCUAAAGGAGGCCAAAAGUGCCUGCGAAACCAUCAGAAAGUUUGAGAGGAGUUACCAGUUUUUAAAGGACAUCAAAAAGGAGGAUUUACUACCGGAUCCAGAUGAUAUUGUAAGGGAUAUUACAGUAGAAGUUUCUCUGAAAUACGAACAAUUCCAAUUCCAGGGGAACCCUAAUGAUUUACCAAUAGAAGGACCUUCAAAAGAUGAUAUAGUACAUUUUCCCAAGGAAGAUUCACCAACAGAUGAGCAAUACCAAGUAGAAAUUCCCAAGGAAGAGGAAUUCCGGGUGAAGAACGAGCCCGUUGAAGAGGAUUCUUCAGAGGAAGAGGACUUAAAUCAGGUAGAUUACCCCGUCAAAAGCGAGGAUAUUGAGGAGUAUGUCCUAGAAAGAACCGAGGAUGACAUCCCCCCCAAACUCACCUGUCCGCAUUGCCCCAAGCAAUUUAGCCGAUCAUCCGGCCUGAAGGACCACAUCAUCGUUCACACGGAGGACAAACCCUUCGAGUGCUCCCGCUGCUCGAAGCGCUUCAAGUCGGCCAGGUAUCUCAAGGAGCACCACACGAUUCACACGGGCGAAAGGCCCUUCAAGUGCACCCACUGCUCGAAUAGCUACCGCAAGAAGACCUGCCUGCAGCGGCACAUUCAGACCUACACGGGCGUCCGACCCUUCAAGUGCACCCACUGCCCGAAGACCUUCGCCAAGGACUACGAUUUGCAGUCGCACAUCCGCAACUAUUCGGGCGAAAAGCCCUACCUGUGCGCCGUCUGCUCGAAGACCCUCGCCACCCAGUCGGUGCUCAAUGUCCACGCCCGCAUCCACAGCGGCGACAAGCCCUUCAAGUGCACCCACUGCUCCAGGGACUUCGUGUGGAAGUCCAGCCUCCUGGGCCACAUGCAGCGGCACUCCGCGGAGAACCCCUUCGCCUGCUCCGUCUGCCUAAUGGCCUUCAAGGUGAAGACCUCGCUGCAGCGCCACAUGAGGAGCCACGAGAAGAAGUAGAUGAUCUCACACAUCUCAUUUAUGGGCAUUUCUCCCAGCCAAAAAGCUUUAAACUUGAUUGUUAUUAUUUCGAAUUCUAAUUAGCUUGCAUCUCGGCUAAACUAAGAGAUCUAAAUGUAGUUUAAUACAUUUUAAGCCUAGCAAUAUACGCAAAAAUUAGUUUUUUAAAAUCGCAUUCAAAUAUUUCAUCAGAAUUCGCUUAAAUGGAAAAACCCCGAAUAAUUAUUUUAAAGAUAUCUUGAGUACUAAAAUUAAGAAUGAAUCAAGAUUGUA